AUGCCACCAUCGACAAGAGCUGGACAGGUGGGAAGAGAUGAUGAUCAAGCGACUGCAGGAAAUGGACGAGAGGAAGGAUGGCUCAUGCAGGUAGUCAGAAUCCUCCAGUUAGCAAACCCAGCACUAACAGCAGAGGAAGCAAUAGUACGGGCCAUGGGUCUGGUCAACAUUAGCAACCAAGCUCCAUGCGGGGAGACCGAAAAGAUCCCCAAGGAUGUAUCGAGCUCCAUUGCUCACAUCAAGAAGCUCAGCGAUAGCAAUUGGCACACCUGGGAACCCACCUUUAUCGACUGCCUCCAGAGAGUGCACAAUGUGAAGGAAAUCCUGUACGGUACCAUUGUACCCGGGAGCGAGGAAUACGAUGAAGACCUAGACAAGGCACUCGUGGGCCUCAUCCACACCUGCUGCAAUAACAGCCUGGAUAGCCGCAUCGACACCUACACCGUCAGAGGGGCGGAUGAAGAAAUUCAACUUGGCAGCACACUCUAUGCCAAACUCAAGAAGGCACUAACACUAAACGACGCUGUAAAGCGAGCAGGACUGCAGGAUCAUAUCCACACAGUGCGCUUGCACAAUCGAGACAUUGUCAGGCUAGGCAAGGAACUCGAUUCGAUCUGGAAUGAUGUGGCACGCCUCGGAAAGUGUUUCGACGAGGACCUCAAGAAAUCAACUCUCUAUCGCUGCAUGGCUCAAGAUUGGUUCUAUGCCAACACCGUCGAUGCACUGAAGACGGCCAGACCAGACUGUAAGUAUGACGAAGCCUACCACGCACUUGCCAAGAAACAGCAGGAUGGUGAGAUCACUGGCCGUAUUAGAGGAGCAGCAAGGGUCGCCACAAGUGCGGAACAGGGGAGUGCCAACCAGGCGGAGCAAGGACCCAGGGGCAGGCAUGAUCCUCACAAUCCCUUGGCCCCUCCAAAGUGCUAUGCUUGUGCAACCCAUCAUAUGGUAAAUGAUGAGAGAAUGCUGCUCACCUCGAUGAACAAGGUCGGCCAAAUCAGUACGGCAGGGGACGAAAAGCUUCAGGUGAAGGCUAUAGGAGAUGCCUCCCUUCGGGUUGGUGAGGCCACCAUCCAACUAUUGGAUGUGCUUUAUGUACCGAAACUGAAUGCUAAUUUAUUGUCUGUACAAGGCUUGAUCGAGAAUGGUGCACGAGUAAUCUUUGACGAAUUUGGAACUACCAUAAAGCAGAACGAUGGUACCCAAGAAACACGAGAUGAUGUCCCAGAGGACAACCAGAACACAGGAACACCAGACAACGUCCCAGCAGACAACCAGAACACAGGAAAACUAGAUAAUGCCCCAGAGGGCAAUAAGGACAUGAAGCAUCGAGACAGCUACCUAUGGCAUGAGAGGUUCGGACACCCAGGACGAGACAAAACGAGACAAAUCCGGGCUCAUUACCUAGGUACUGACAAGGAAAUGGAACAUGAGUCAAAGCGCUGUAAUGCGUGCAGCCAAGGAAAACAGACUCGAGCACGGAUGGGCCAAUCAGAGUUGGAAAGAAUGGAGGCACCAUUAGAGCUGGUACACAUAGACCUGAUGACAGAUUUCAAAGGACAUGCCAACUACCACUACACACUAAUUGCUGUGGACGACUUCUCCUCUCUGAUCUACGUGGAACCACUCUGCACAAAGAGUGCUGCACUCACAGCGCUGAGGAGGUGGAUAGCCAGGAUGGAAUGGGCAACGGACAGGAAACUCAAAACACUCCGCAGCAACAAUGGAGGAGAAUGGUGCAGCAUAGCAGCCGAAGACUGGCAAACUCAAGAGGGUUUCAAGUGGCAAAAGAGUGUCCCGGGGAUCAGCGUCCAAAAUGGAUGGGCGGAGAGAGCAAUCAGGUCGGUCCAAGAAAAGAUGCGCUUGAUGCUGAUUGGUCGAGCUUGCCCCAGAGAGUUGUGGCCGUAUGCAAUCACAGCAGCAGCACACAUGAUGAACCUUACCCCAUCAGCCACCAAAACCAUCCCCCAUGAGGCCUUUUAUGGAACCACCGCGCACAAGCUGGCCCAGCAGCUGCGAGUCUUCGGAUGCUUGGCAUGGGUUCAUGUUCAACAGAAGGACCAGCAAGGCAAGUACAGGGCUAGAGCAAAGCCAGCCAUCAUGAUUGGGUAUGACGACGAACACAAAGCAUGGAAGUUUUGCAACCCGGACCAGCCUGCGUCAAUUCAAUGGAGCAACUUGUCAUGGGCCUGGAUGCUCAAGAAGCAGGAGGGUCAUGGGUUCAUAUGGAAGGAGCACAGGUAUCGAAGACCUAGCCCUAGCCGGUGUGUCUUGCUUGCGGGCAACGCACAAUUGCGCUCCGCCAAAUUCGAAAUUCACGCGACUGCGUUGACCCCCAACGCACUCGAAAUUUACACUGCUCAAGUGCUGCAACGCAAACAAAUUUAUUUUCGCUGGAGCAGCGCAAUUUGA